UGGUCCCCGGCUUGUCAGCCUCGGUGCAUUCCAGUGCACUCCUGUGACACCUUACCCAGUAGCUGUGGCUCGCAGCAUGUACGGCGUUUGUUCUCUCUGUUCUAUUGAUGGCUUCCUUUUCCAAAAUGUUCUCCUGGGCGGCCUUGUGAUCUUUGCAACCUUUGUGACUUUAUGCAAUGCAUCAUGCUAUUUAAUACUGAAUGACAUAGUUCCAGAAGAGUCAACCAAGGAAUGCACAGAUCUGGAAGGAAACAAACACCCAAUAAACUCAAGGUGGCGGACUGACAACUGUGAGACAUGUGCUUGUGGCGAAAAAGAAAUAUCAUGUUGCACUCUUGUUUCUACACCUGUGGGUUAUGACAGACACAACUGCCGGAAAAUCUUCAACAAGGAGACCUGCAAGAUAAGUGUGGUGGAGAAGAAGGACCCAAAUAGGCCCUGUGGUGUCAGCGGAUGGAUAUCGUAAUGUGCUUCUAGUAGGCACAGGGCUCCCAGGCCAGGCCUCUUCUCUUCUGGCCUCUAAUAGCCCUUCCUAUCAGUAAAAGAUUUUUGAGCAAACACUUGAAUAUGCGUGCACUGUUAAUUUAUACCUUAUGUAUGCAUUAAUUUAAUACACAUUAUAAAGCAUACAAAACAUUUAAAAAUGGAGACAAAAAUACACAUGAAUAAAAGUUCUAUUUUUCCUAAA